GGACGAGCCCAGACGCGGGCGCGGGCACCGCGGCUCCGCGCACGCCACCUCCGCCAGUGCCCGGUGCGGCCCCGCGGUGGGACGGGAGGGGGGCGCGUCCACUCGCCCCGGGGCCGGCGGACGCCCUUUGUCGGGUUGUUCAUGCCGCCGCCCCCCGCGCGCUGCGGGCCGGGCCGCGCCGAGCAGGGCUGUCUCCAGGCCUGAGGUGCCCACCCUGGCCCGUGCGCCCACCAGUGUCCCUGGAGAAUGAACCAGCCGCAGAGAAUGGCGCCCGUGGGCACAGACAAGGAGCUCAGCGACCUCUUGGACUUCAGCAUGAUGUUCCCUCUGCCGGUGGCCAAUGGGAAGGGCCGGCCGGCCUCCCUGGCUGGAGCCCAGUUUGGAGGCUCAGGACUUGAGGACCGGCCAGGCUCGGGCUCCUGGGGCGGCGGCGACCAGAACAGCUCCCCCUUCGACCCCGGCCGGACCUACGGCGAGGGCGCCCACUUCAGUGAGUCUCAUGGCAGCCUUUCUUCAUCCACAUUCCUGGGACCUGGGCUCGGAGGCAAGGGUGGCGAGCGGAGCACGUACACGGCCUUCGGGAGAGACGCCGGCGUUGGCCUGACCCAGGCUAGCUUCCUGCCCAGCGAGCUGGCCCUCAGCAGCCCUGGGCCACUGUCCCCCUCAGGCGUCAAGGGGGGCUCCCAGUAUUACUCCUACCCCGGCCACCCUCGGCGGAGAACUGCGGACAGCAGCCUUGACCCGCAGCCAAAGAAGGUCCGGAAGGUGCCACCAGGCCUCCCGUCCUCGGUGUACCCACCCAGCUCAGGUGACGAUUUCAGCAGGGACUCUGCCACCUACCCGUCCGCCAAGACCCCCAGCAGCGCCUACCCCGCCCCCUUCUACGUGGCAGACGGCAGCCUGCACCCCUCGGCCGAGCUCUGGAGCCCUCCAGGCCAGGCGGGCUUUGGGCCCAUGCUGGGGGGUGGCUCGUCGCCUCUGUCCCUCCCACCAGGCGGCGCCGUGGGCCCUGGGUUUGGCGGUCUGCACCAGCACGAGCGCAUGGGCUACCAGCUGCAUGGAGCUGAAGUGAACGGCGUGCUCCCGGCGGUGUCCACCUUUUCCUCGGUACCCCCAGCCUCCUACGGCAGCGUCUCCAGCCACACGCCCCCUGUCAGCGGGGCUGACGGCCUCAUGGGCCCCCGUGGGACUGCUGCCGGCAGCUCUGGAGAUGCCCUUGGGAAGGCGCUGGCCUCGAUCUACUCCCCAGAUCACUCAAGCAAUAACUUCUCAUCCAGCCCCUCGACCCCUGUGGGCUCCCCACAGGGUCUGGCAGGGACAUCGCAGUGGCCGCGAGCAGCAGCCCCUGGUGCCUUAUCGCCCAGCUACGACGGGGGUCUCCACGGCCUGCAGAACAAGAUGGAGGACCACCUGGAUGAGGCCAUCCAUGUGCUCCGCAGCCACGCCGUGGGCACGGCGACCGAUGUGCACGGGCUGCUGCCCAGCCACGGAGCGCUGGCCUCGGGCUUUGCCGGGCCUGUCAUGCCACUGGGCGGGCGGCAUGCUGGCCUGGUUGGAAGCAGUCACUCUGAGGAUGGCCUCGCGGGCAGCGGCAGCCUCGUGCACAACCACGCGGCCCUCCCCAGCCAGCCCAGCGCCCUGCCUGACGUCUCUCGGCCGCCUGACUCCUAUGGCGGGCUCGGCCGUGCGGGCGCCAGCGAGAUCAAGCGGGAGGACAAGGAGGACGAGGAGAGCGCGUCCGUGGCCGACAACUCCGAGGAGGAGAAGAGGGAGCUGAAGCCCCCGCGGCCCCGGACCAGCCCGGACGAGGACGAGGACGACCUUCUCCCCCCAGAGCAGAAGGCUGAGCGGGAGAAGGAGCGCCGGGUGGCCAAUAACGCGCGGGAGCGGCUGCGGGUCCGAGACAUCAAUGAGGCUUUUAAGGAGCUGGGGCGCAUGUGCCAGCUGCACCUCAACAGUGAGAAGCCCCAGACCAAACUGCUCAUCCUGCACCAGGCCGUGUCGGUCAUCCUGAACCUGGAGCAGCAGGUGCGAGAGCGUAACCUGAACCCCAAGGCGGCCUGCUUGAAGCGGCGGGAAGAGGAGAAGGUGUCGAGCGUGGUCGGAGACCCCCAGAUGGUGCUCUCGGCUGCCCACGCAGGCCUGAGUGAGGCACACAACCCUGCCGGGCACAUGUGAAAGGUCGCGCCACCUCGAGGUCUGUGACUUGCCCGAUGGAUCCGGCCCUGCGACCCGGGCCCAAAGGAGCAUUUUUUUUUUUGUAAACAAAACCGGAAAGCAAGCAAGAAACAUUCACUUUGUCAGAAGAGAAAAAAAUGCCUUAAGUAUAAAAUGUGGAAGUCAAAACAUAUUAUUCGCUGGAGGGAGCUGCUCUGCAGGACUGGCUUGUCGUUGAGAAAGCCACCAGCAAAUCGUGCCUAUGCCUGAUAUUUUUCUUAAGGAAGAUUAAAAGAACAUUAGUUACAAGAUUUUUUUUUAAUGUAUUAGGAAACUAGCAAGGAAGAUGCCUUUGGUCUCUCGUUUGUGUUUUUUAGCUUUUUUUGCAUAUGUUUUGUAAGCAACAAAUUUUUUUGUAUAAAAGUCUCGUGUCUCUUGCUA